AUGAUGAAUCCGAGUGCAAACGCCUCGACUUUGUCAUCUUCAGUACCACCACAAGUUUUGAGUGAUAACAAAUCAUCAUCUAUUAACAGUUCAACUCCUGCUAAAAAGAGUAGAAAACCAACCAAACCUAAGCAAGUCAUGACUCUUACUGAUAGAGCAGCAGACAGAUUAAAAUACCUACUAUCGAAACGAUCAGGUGCUCUUGGUAUUUUGAUUGGAUUAAAAAAGAGAGGUUGUAAUGGAUUAUCAUGGACAUUUGAUUAUAUCACACAAGACACCGAAAUACCCAAGCUAGCUGAAAUAGUGGAAGACAAGGGAGUGCGAUUAGUUAUUCAACCAAGUGCAGUAAUGAACGUAAUUGGAACUGUUAUGGAUUAUGAGGAAAAUGAAGUUUUUGCCAAGUUUGUCUUCAAUAAUCCAAAUGCAAUUGGUACUUGUGGAUGUGGUGAGUCAUUUAAUGUACAAACAGCAGCAAAUGAUAAGGAGCAUGUUUCACAUAGAAAAUCACAAAAGAUGUAG